UACGGAGGACAGGCACCAAAGAAGAAGAGGAGACGGCGCAUGCGCAUUGUCUGUUGAUAACCCGGUGUCAGGAUGGCUGCGCCCGUGGAUCUGGAACUGAAGAAGGCCUUCUCGGAGCUGCAGGUGAAGAUGAUUGACACCCAGCAGAAGGUGAAACUGGCCGACCUGCAGAUCGAUCAGCUGACUCGUGUUCAGAAACACGCUAAGCUCACACACACGGAGAUUGCCACGCUGCCUGACAACACACGGCUCUAUGAGGGUGUGGGACGCAUGUUCAUUCUUCAGUCGAAAGAGGAGAUCAAUAAUCUGCUGAUGGACAAACAGAAAACUGUGGAUGAAAAGAUCAAAGAGCUCGAGCAGAAGAAGGUGUACCUGGAGCGCAGCGUCAAAGAAGCUGAAGACAACAUCAGAGAGAUGCUGCUAUCCAGGAGAGCCCAGUGAUCAAUGCAGACCUGAUCAGUUAUCAAUAACACACUUUUUGUUCCACGCAUUCAUAUUAAAGCCAUCAAGCUCC